UACUUGAAAAAUAUCAAUUGGAAGAUGAACGUCAGGAAAGGCGAAGACAGAGAGUAGAAAAAAAAAUUUGUGAACUAAACUGCAUUGAAGAUGGUCAUAAAGAUAUUCACAACGACGAUACAUUUUACAAUAUUCUUGAAUUGCGGAGAACUAUUUCAAUACACACGACCUUUCGAGUGACGAUAACUUUAUUAACAACCCAUCAGGAAAGGCUGAAAACAGUGCAGAUUAUAAACACAAGAUGACAAUAUUUUUAAAUUCUGACAUAAUUCCAACAUCCCAUAUUCAUAUGUACGAUCCAGAGAAUGUUUUAUUGUCUUGCAAUAUAUUUAGAGAACUUUGGAAAUAUAUGCAUGCAGACCACAACGCAGAACGAGAGCUUCAACUUAUUCAAUAUAUUAUUGGACUGGGCAUUGAAAGAGAAGAAUUACGAGAUGAAAUAUUUGUUCAAUGCAUACGUCAAUCAAGAGAUAACCCGAAUGAUGACUGGGCUGACAAAAUUUGGCUUCUUAUGUGUCUUUCCAUUGUGGCUUUUCAACCAAGCAAACUUUUAUUCAGGUACUUCGUUUCAUUUAUAAAGAACAGUAUGAAGAAUUUAGAUGGGAAGCUAAGGCAAUACUCACAGUGGUGCUUUGAUAAUUGCAAAGGUACCAAAGUUUCAACACGGAUAUAUCCUCCAUCCAGUGUCGAAGUUGCGGCUAUGCGACGUCUUGGAACAAUCGUGUGCAGAUUUUUUUUCUUGGAUGCACGCACUAAAGCUAUCGAUGUUCACCCAACUGACACUGCAGGAGACGCUGUCCAGAAGCUCGCGGAAAAACUGAACCUAGCUACAACUGAUGGUUGGGCCAUUUAUCAAUCUCGUCCAGACGGUGAAGAACACAUAAAGAGUUUUGAUUAUUUGUAUGACAUAAUUUCGGCUUGGGAACUAAAACAAGCUUCGGGUUCCGGCACCAAAAGGCUUACAAAUGGAUCUCAAUCAGGAGAAAAUCGAUUUGUUUUUAAAAAGAGACUUUUUAAAUCAACUCAUGAACUAUCACAAGAUCCUGUUGAAAUUAGCAUGCUAUAUUCACAAGCAGUUUACAGCGUUGUUAAGAAAGACGAAUUCCCCGUCAGCGAAAAGGUGGCUCUUCAACUAGCAGGACUUCAAGCUCAAGUAGCGUUAGGAGAUCCAUCAACUCAGCCAAAACCGCAAUAUUAUUCAGAUAUAAGCAGUUUUUUACCGAGUAGAAUAUCAAAAACAAGAGAACAACAAUUUUGGAUACCAAUUUUAGCACAAGCCCAUAGGCAAUACGGAUCUUCCAGAAAUGAACUAACAGCUAAAGUUUUGUACCUAAGCUGCGUAAUGCAAUAUCCACUUUAUGGCACGACAAUGUUUAGAGUCAAUUACAAAGGGUUCUGGAAUUUUGUAAGCAACAUAAUACUUGCAAUACAUUGUGACGGGAUAAUGUUUGUUCAUCCUGAAGAUAAAUCAGUCAUCUACCAACUUAAAUACGAAGAUAUUGAAUCAAUUAUUUUGGAUCCUAGUGACACUUUCAUAACAAUCUCAGUGAAUCGUAGCACAAAGCAAUUAUACAAAAAUUCUCGAGAAAAAGACUCAAUUAUAGAGUCACAGAAAUGUUUUGUCUUCGAAACCUCGCAAAAAAAUGAUAUAGGAUCUUUAAUAAUAUCAUAUUAUCCUUCUUUAUCAAAUUGGAUUUUAAACAUUGUAGAGUGCUCAAAAAAAAUUAAGGGAACUACCAAUGAAGACAGAAUAAGGUUAUAUCAAAAUGUUGUUGUUUGUAGACGACAACUAGUGGAUAUGAAUAUUGUUAAAAAGCCCCAAGAAAUAGGAGGUUUUUUAAGAAACACUCUUAGACGUCUGUCAAAGCACAGAUUAGAAAAAUUGAGAUCGGAACAGGGGUCUACGGUGCUAGAUCAUGGCGAAACAUACAAAGGGUUUUCUCAUUCGUUUUGGGCAUUUAGUAAACAACAAAUUUCAUUUUGUCUAAGUACAAUUUUUGAUGAAGACGAGUCCAUAAUGGUGCAAGUAUUUGAUUCUAUAUUGACUUUUUCUGGACUUGGAACUUCAGGGGAAGCUAUAAAACGUGCUGAGGAUGAACAUGUUCGAAUAGUUCAAUCCAUAAUGGAAAAAUGUAUGAAAAAGGAGUCUUUGUUAAAUGAACUUUAUCUUCAAUUAAUUAAACAGACAACGGAUCAUCCAGAUGCAAACUCAAGAGUUAAUUUAAAAAAUUGGGCACUUUUAUCGGUUUUAUGCAGUGUUAUCUUGCCAUCGAUGAAGUCUAUUAGAAAAUACCUGAUUGCUCAUUUAAAAAGAUGCUCGAGUGAUUUCUUGUCCGAAGAGGGAAAAUACGCAAGAUUUGCAGAUCAAAACCCAAGGCACAAGGCGUCGUCAGUGGACCCCAAGCAGCGAAGAAAUUUUGUGUACUACUAAUCGCAGACCUUGCUAUUCAAAAUUUUAUUUUAUGGAUGGGCAAUAUUAUUCAAUUGAGUUUCAUCCAAGCUCUACAGCGAGUGAUGUAUUGGAAAUUAUCAAGAAAAAAAUUGGACUUCAAAAUAACGCCAAAGGAUAUUCCAUUUA